AUGUUCACAGCCUUUCCUUUCCAUGAGUGCCUCUUCGAAAAGUUGCCACUCUGGUGCUUUGGUGGAGCAUUUGCCCUGAUGGGACGUUGUAGAAAAUUAUGUCAACAACUUUUGAACGAGCCCUUGAACAAAGUGAAGGCACAGAUAGCAGAUGGUACUGCUUCGCGCUCAUUAGUUGCUGACUUUCUCAGUGAAGCUCACGACGACACUGACAAAGACAUUAUGAAGGCUGUUGCAUUGAUGGGAUACUUUGGUAGGAAUUUACUGCAUCCGUAUUGCAGACAUUCCUGCUGGCUAUGAUGCUCUAUCCUGACGUCCAAUCCCGUGCUCGUGCA